ACUGGUGCUCUGAUGUGGACAAACAUCUAGCAAGAAGGUUGUUUAUCUGCAUACAUUUGAGUGGUGAUUUUUCCCUCCAAGGAUUACAGAGUAUCAUCAGUCUUCAAUUCCAACUUAGAAGCAAAAGGAGUACAUCCCAGCUGCUCUGUUCUCCUUCAGGAACCAGGACAAAUUCCAAGAAGUAGCAUUUCAGGAUCAAAAAGCACUUUCGGAGGUAGGGUCAUGCUCACAUUCAUGGCCUCUGACAGCGAGGAAGAAGUGUGUGACGAGCGGACGUCCCUGAUGUCAGCUGAGAGCCCCAUGCCGCGCUCCUGCCAGGAAGGCAGGCAGGCCCUGGAGAACGGAGAGGGUGCCGCCCAGUGGAGAGGCCAGGAGAGCGAGGAGGACCAUGAGGAGGACCCUGACCGCUACGCCUGCAGCGGGGUCCCCGGGCGGCCACCAGGCCUGGAGGAGGAGCUGACCCUGAAAUAUGGGGCAAAGCACGUGAUCAUGCUAUUUGUGCCUGUCACGCUGUGCAUGAUCGUGGUGGUGGCCACCAUCAAGUCCGUGCGCUUCUACACGGAGAAGAAUGGACAGCUCAUCUACACACCUUUCACCGAGGACACACCUUCGGUGGGCCAGCGCCUCCUCAACUCCGUGCUCAACACCCUCAUCAUGAUCAGCGUCAUUGUCGUCAUGACCAUCUUCCUGGUCGUGCUCUACAAGUACCGCUGCUACAAGUUCAUCCACGGCUGGCUGAUCGUGUCCUCCCUGAUGCUGCUGUUCCUCUUCACCUACAUCUACCUUGGGGAAGUGCUCAAGACCUACAAUGUGGCCAUGGACUACCCCACCCUGUUCCUGACCUUCUGGAACUUCGGGGCGGUGGGCAUGGUGUGCAUCCACUGGAAGGGCCCCUUGGUGCUGCAGCAGGCCUAUCUCAUCAUGAUCAGCGCGCUCAUGGCCUUGGUGUUCAUCAAGUACCUCCCGGAGUGGUCUGCGUGGGUCAUCCUGGGCGCCAUCUCUGUGUAUGAUCUCGUGGCUGUGCUGUGCCCCAAAGGGCCGCUGAGAAUGCUGGUAGAAACUGCCCAGGAGAGAAACGAGCCCAUAUUUCCUGCCCUGAUAUAUUCAUCCGCCAUGGUGUGGACAGUGGGCAUGGCCAAGUUGGACCCCUCCUCUCAGGGAGCCCUUCAGCUCCCCUACGACCCAGAGAUGGAGGACUCCUAUGACAGUUUGGGGGAGCCCUCGUACCCUGAAAUCUUUGAGCCCCCCCUGCCUGGCUAUCCGGGGGAGGAGCUGGAGGAGGAGGAGGAAAGGGGCGUGAAGCUCGGCCUCGGAGACUUCAUCUUCUACAGCGUGCUGGUGGGCAAGGCGGCAGCCACGGGCAGUGGGGACUGGAACACCACGCUGGCCUGCUUUGUGGCCAUCCUCAUCGGUUUGUGUCUGACCCUCCUGCUGCUCGCCGUGUUCAAGAAAGCGUUGCCUGCCCUCCCCAUCUCCAUCACGUUCGGGCUGAUCUUCUACUUCUCCACGGACAACCUGGUACGGCCUUUCAUGGACACCCUGGCCUCCCAUCAGCUCUACAUCUGAGGGGAAGCCUGGGCACCGUGGCCUGGAAGCUGGAAGAAAUGGUAACUGGAUGCAGUUGUACAGUUUUACACUCUAGUGCCAUAUAUUUUUGAGACUUUUCUUUCCUGAAAAAAAAAAAAAAGAGAAUAAAAAAGUGUUGUGUUUACUUUGUGAAGCGGAAGGACAGCUUUUUGGUGCUGGUUGUUUUGUCACCAGGCCGUGGGUCACCCCUUCGUGAGCACUUGCUUCACCAACAGGAGACGUGGGAAAUCGGUCCAGAGGAGCUGCGGAAGGUUCCGAGACGUGGGAGGGGCUUGGGGAAGGCCCCUGCCCUCACCCCACAGCCUGGAGUCCUAUGAGGGCCCAGCCGGAUGACGGGGCGCAUAUAUUCAGGACCGGGAGGUCACGCCCGGGACGGCAUGUAGCGCCUGGUCACUCUGGCCAGAGAGGAAAAGCCAAUUUUCUCUGCAAGGAAUGUUCCCAACGCUUUGUCUAUGAUGUUAUCAUUUUAUUACCUUUAGAGUCCUUGUUACAGCAGUUACUGCUGGGAAGUGUCUUAAUAUCAAUAAAUAGACGAAUCCUGU